UCCUAACGCGCAUGCGCCAAGCCGCCCGGACACGCCCCCUCAGCCCACGUGACGCGAGCCCUUGGGCCCGACCCUGUCCCGGGCCGCCGCGGGGAUUGACUGACGGGAGCUCGGGGGUCCCAGUCCGCAGAGCGCUGGCGAGAGCGGCCAGGGCCAGCUUACAGAACAUGUCCUCUCCGUACUGCAUCUCACUGGCAGAUGUUGAAGCUGCACAGUCAAGUCUCCAUGGCCUUAUUCACCUCACCCCCAUCCUAACCUGUUCCAGCCUAGACGAGUUAGCCGGCCACAGACUCUUCUUCAAGUGUGAGCUCUUCCAGAAGACUGGUUCCUUUAAGGUCCGAGGUGCACUGAAUGCCGUCAGAAGUCUGGUUCAUGCAGCCCAGGGCGACAGAGAGCAGCCCAAGGCUGUUGUGACACACAGUAGUGGAAACCAUGGCCAAGCUCUUGCCUUUGCAGCUAAAGUGGAAGGGAUUCCUGCCUAUGUCGUGGUGCCUCGCACAGCGCCAGUCUGUAAGAAAGCUGCCAUCUGCUCCUAUGGAGCCAGGCUGAUAUUAUGUGAGCCCACUGAUGAGUCCCGAGUGGAGGUGGCAGCUCGGACAGUUCAGGAGAAGGAAGGCGUGAUGGUGCACCCCAAUCAGGAUCCUGCUGUGAUUGCAGGCCAAGGCACUAUAGCACUGGAGGUGCUGCAGCAGGUACCCCAGGUGAAUGCACUGGUGGUUCCCGUUGGAGGAGGAGGGAUGGUUGCUGGAAUAGCAGUGGCUGUCAAGGCUUUGAGACCGGACAUAAGAGUGUAUGCUGCUGAACCAUGCAAUGCAGAUGACUGCUACAGGUCAAAGGUGACAGGGGAACUCACCCCCAACCGCCAUCCCCCAGACACCAUAGCAGACAGUGUUAAAACCAGCAUUGGACCCAACACCUGGCCUAUCAUUAAGGAUUUGGUUGAUGAUGUGCUGACAGUCACAGAGGCGGAGAUCCAGGUUUCCCAUUGGCAAAGAGGGAAGACAACUUGGCACUCCAGGUCUCAGCGCUGUUUGCUCGGAUUUCCCUGUGCACAGACCCGCCCUGAUCAUUAUGCCCACCCAGAAACAGUUGGAUUUAGGGCUGCACCGAGAGCGGACCAAUGUCUUCUGUCUGGCAGUAGCACCAGCUGUCACUCUAGAAUGAGAACCAUGACCGCUGAGCCAUCAAGGGCGAAAGAGAGGGGCACCUAGAAAAAGGUGAUAGUCUCAGUCACAAGCCACCUCAAUGCCAUGGAGGGCAAUUGCCUCAAGUGCUGCCCAAUGACAUCAGCUCCUCCCCGUUAGUCACCUCUGGGAAAUGCCCUGCACCCCAUGUCACACUUGCCUAGCUCCCCUCACACCCCCCAGACUCAAAGCCCCUGUGUAGACGUGUGUCCGGGAGCGCACCUCGCCUGACUGACAGCCAUCAUUUUAGGUUAAUUCUGGCUGCUCUAGCGAAGUCAGUUCCCCAGGCACAGAGUUUACAAGAAAGAGGGGCUGGGGAGCCAGGAUGCAGCUACAACGCCCUCUCUUCACACAGCUUUUCUCUUCACACAAGAACUCCAGCCAUUUGGAAACCACAUUCUGGUUCCUGCCCAUGGCUUAGCUAGCCACAGCAGGUGAAUUCAAACCAUCUACUGCAGACUGGGCACCAGAGUUGUGCAACUGCAAGCUAGCUGAUCAGGGCUUUGGCCAUUCUAGACCCCUUUCCUGGAAGCCUCUGCUUCUGCACAAAGAUGACCAAGCCCUUCCCAAUAACUUAACUCUGUCCCUUUGGGGUGGCACAGUACCGAGCCAAGCAUGUCAUCCUGCCAGGGCCCUGCACAGGAUUGUGCAAUGAAUGUUCCCCUACCUCACAUCCUACAGAACAGGGUGGAGAAGAAAUGGCUUUUUAUUUGCUUAGAUCCAAAGUUACUGAUUAUGCCCUCUGCACAAAUAGAAGCUCAUUUCCUGGCCACAGCCCUUCUAAACUGGGGAGUGCAGAAGGAGAGCCCAGUUUGGAUGGAGAAAGGAAGACAGGACAAGACUAAUCACCCAGAAUGUCUGACUAGCCAGGGAAGCAAUUAGCCAUUGAUCUUUGAAUAUUCUGCAUACACA